AUGAGCUCUUCUCACCUAAACAGCAGAGCUGAGAGCCACUUUCAAGCCCCAGAGGAACAUGAACUGGAGACUGUGGGGAAGACAGCUUGGGAUAAUCCUGUUUACAAUGGCUCUCCCUCUACCUCCUUGAAGAUUCGAGCCAUCUACAACCCCAAGUCCAUCCUGGAGAAUCCCUAUGAGAACUUUGAAGAGGUGGGGGAUCCACUUCCCUACCGGACAGAGCAGAACAAAGCUGUAGAUGGGAAGACAAGUCCUCUCCUCAAGUGCUGCAUCUACAUCUUCAGAGGCAUCCGAGGUCUGUGGGGCACUACGCUCACUGAGAACACAGCUGAAAACAGAGAGCUUUAUGUGAAGACCACUCUACGAGAGCUUCUAGUCUAUAUUGUGUUCUUGGUGGACAUUUGUCUAUUGACAUAUGGAAUGACAAGUUCCAAUGCCUAUUACUACACCAAAGUGAUGUCUGAGCUCUUCCUGCAGACCUCUUCAGACAGCCGUGUCUCUUUCCAGUCCAUUGGCAGCAUGGCUGACUUUUGGGUGUAUGCACAAGGUCCUCUUCUGGAUAAUCUUUACUGGACAAAGUGGUACAACAAUGAGUCCCUAGCAGCACACAAUACCCAGUCAUACAUCUAUUAUGAGAACCUGCUGCUGGGUGUCCCACGGAUGCGACAGCUGAAGGUGAAGAACAAUUCCUGUGUGGUCCAUGAUGACUUCAAGGAGGAAAUCUCAGGCUGCUAUGAUGUAUACUCAGAAGACAAGGAGGAAAGAUUCUCCUUUGGACUUGUCAAUGGAACGGCGUGGAGGUACCAUUCUGAGGAAGAGCUGGGUGGCUCAUCUCACUGGGGAAGACUAACCAGUUAUAGUGGGGGAGGAUACUACAUAGACCUCAAGUUGACCAGAGAAGAGAGUGCUGAAGCCCUGCAAAUCUUGAAGGAGAAGUUGUGGCUGGAUCGGGGGACACGAGUUGUCUUCAUUGAUUUCUCUGUGUAUAAUGCAAAUAUCAAUCUGUUCUGUGUUCUGAGGUUAGUGGUUGAGUUUCCAGCCACUGGUGGUGCCAUCCCCUCCUGGCAAAUCCGGACAGUCAAGCUUAUACGAUAUGUCAGUGCAUGGGACUUCUUCAUUGUUGCCUGUGAAAUUGUCUUCUGUGUCUUCAUCUUCUACUAUGUGGUGGAGGAGAUUUUGGAGCUGCGUAUCCACAAGCUUCAUUACUUCACCAGCAUCUGGAACAUCUUGGAUGUGGUUGUCAUUCUGCUCUCCAUCGUUGCUAUUGGUUUUCACAUCUUUCGCACCAUUGAGGUGAACAGACUGUUGGGGGAGUUGUUGAAACACCCGGACACCUAUGCAGACUUUGAGUUCUUGGCAUUCUGGCAGACUCAGUACAACAACAUGAAUGCAGUCAACUUAUUCUUUGCCUGGAUCAAGAUAUUCAAGUAUAUUAGCUUUAACAAAACAAUGACACAGCUCUCCUCCACACUGGCACGUUGUGCCAAGGACAUCCUGGGCUUUGCCAUUAUGUUCUUCAUUGUCUUCUUUGCCUAUGCCCAGCUGGGUUACCUUCUUUUUGGGACACAAGUGGAAAACUUCAGUACCUUUGUUAAAUGCAUCUUCACCCAGUUUCGGAUCAUUCUUGGUGACUUUGACUACAAUUCUAUUGACAAUGCCAACAGGGUCCUCGGGCCUAUUUAUUUUGUCACCUACGUGUUCUUUGUCUUCUUUGUGCUCCUGAACAUGUUUUUGGCCAUCAUCAAUGACACCUACUCAGAAGUCAAGGAGGAACUUUCAAGCCAGAAGGAUGAGCUGCAGCUCUCAGACAUCCUGAAGCAGAGUUACAACCGGACACUCAUGAGGUUGAAGCUGAAAAAGGAGCGGAUUUCUGAUGUGCAGAAAGCGCUGCAGAAUGGAACUAAAGAACUGGACUUUGAGGACUUCAAGAACAGUUUGAAAGAACUGGGCCAUGCAGACCAUGAGAUCACGGCAGCUUUCUCCAGGUUUGACAAAGACGGCAACCACAUCCUUGAUGAAGAGGAGCAGCAGCAGAUGAAGCAUGACCUAGAGGCAAAAAGGGUUGCUCUGAAUACAGAGAUUGAAAAUUUGGGGAAAUCCUAUGGUGGCAACAACUUAGAUGAGAGUCUGACCUAUGUGGAAGCAAAGAAUAACCAUGCCAAUAAGGCCAGCUGGGUCUCCAAAGAAGAGUUCCAAGUCCUCCUGCAACGUGUGUUGCAUCUGGAACAGUCCAUAAACAGCAUUGGCUCCAAGAUUGAUGCAGUGGUGAGCAAGCUCGAAGUCCUGGAAAGAAACAAGCUCAAGAGGAAGGACCUGAUGGGCAAGCCACUGGAUAGUGGUAGGAAGGAGGAAGAACCCAGUCAGGAAGAAGUGCUCCCCAAGAACCUAGACCAGCUGGUGAACAAAGAAGCAGAAGGCUGGGGAGUGGAAUGUCUACAGGGAAACAACCCAAGUGGUAGCUCUUCCCAAAAUGGGGUCUACCCCAUCUUGCCCAGGUCAAGUGUACCAGGGUCUCAGGUGCCCAAGAACAUCCAACUGCAAUCUGACGUGCACUUCUAG